AUGAAGAUCUGCGAGCCUUACCUGGCGGAGAUGCAGGCGCGGCUGCUCGGCAACCUGACGCGCCUCUUCCAGCCCGUCAAGGACCACCUCGACACGCUGGCCGGCCAGUUCAACGUGCUCUACAGCGACCAGCUCAAAGCGGAAAUCGAGGAUUACCUGUCGGAGAGUCACGAAUUCGAGGAGCUGCGAGAGAAGAUCGACUACUUCAAUGGCUUCCUGGACAGCAUUUCCGACAUGGUGCUCAACGAGUACUUCCCCGUCGCCAAGCUGUGUCAGUACGACGUGAUUCGCUCACUCAAGGGCUUCGCCACCCACUUCAUUGAGACCAUCGUCACGGACAUGGUGAAUGAACACAAGUCAGAGAACCGCAAGAUCUGCGAGGCUUUCGAGGAGAUCGUAGAACGAGCGCAGAAGGUGCCGGCGGACACGGCCGAACUCAUGGCGAGCGGAGAGUACAUGCUGUACGCCACGACGACCCUCAUGGAGGAGCUCCACGCGCGCAUCAGGCGCCAGAUGGAGAUCACCACGAUGUUCAUGGAGCUGACGGGGCUGGACGAUGAGCACAUGGCCCUCAACACGGCCAUCGUCACCUGGCAGACGGACAUCAAGAAGACCUUCGAGCUGAACGCGUCGCUGUACGAAAAGACCCCUCGGUUCAAACCGACCAGUUUCCUCUAUCGGCAAUUAGGUUUAGUGACCCUUUCUCAGGUGUACUGGACGGCCGAGGUCCACAACUGCCUCAAGUCGGGCCACCCUCGCGACCUGGUGAAGUACCACGGCAAGCUCGAGGAGCAGCUGAACGACAUCGUGACCCUGGUGCGCGGCAAGCUGUCCCGCCAGACCCGGGUCACCCUCGGCGCCCUGGUCGUCAUCGACGUGCACGCCAAGGACGUGGUAUGGGACAUGGCCGAGAAGAGCGUGUCCUCGGAGCAGGACUUCCAGUGGCUGGCACAGCUCAGGUACUACUGGGAGGACAACUGCCUGGUGCGGCUCAUCAACGCCACGGUGCCGUACGCGUACGAGUACCUGGGCAACACGCCCCGCCUCGUCAUCACGCCGCUCACGGACCGCUGCUACCGCACGCUCAUCGGCGCCUACCACCUGCACCUCAACGGCGCCCCGGAGGGCCCCGCCGGCACGGGCAAGACGGAGACCACCAAGGACCUGGCCAAGGCGCUGGCCGUGCAGUGCAUCGUCUUCAACUGCUCCGACGGCCUCGACUACAUCGCCAUGGGCAAGUUCUUCAAGGGGCUCGCGUCGUCCGGGGCGUGGGCCUGCUUCGACGAGUUCAACCGCAUCGAGCUGGAGGUGCUGUCCGUGGUGGCGCAGCAAAUCCUGUGCAUCAUCGUCGCCAUCCAGGCGAACGAGACCACGCUCAACUUCGAGGGCACUCAGCUCAAGCUGAACCCAUCGUGCUAUAUCUGCAUCACGAUGAACCCCGGGUACGCGGGUCGCUCGGAGCUGCCGGACAACCUCAAGGUGCUGUUCCGCACCGUGGCCAUGAUGGUCCCGGACUACGCCCUCAUCGGCGAGAUCUCCCUGUACUCGUACGGCUACGUGGACGCGCGCGCCCUCUCCGUCAAGAUCGUCACCACCUACCGCCUGUGCUCCGAACAGCUGUCGUCGCAGUCGCACUACGACUACGGCAUGCGCGCGGUCAAGAGCGUCCUGUCUGCGGCCGGCAACCUCAAGCUCAAGUACCCCGCCGAGAAGGAGGAGAUCCUGCUGCUGCGCUCCAUCAUCGACGUCAACCUGCCCAAGUUCCUCAACCACGACGUGCCGCUGUUCCAGGGCAUCAUCUCGGACCUGUUCCCUGGCGUGACCCUGCCCGAGCUAGACUACUCCCAGAUGAAGGAGGCCCUGGGCGCCGUGUGCGCGCGCCGCAACCUGCAGCCCGUCGACUACUUCGUCACCAAGGUGGUGCAGACCUACGAGAUGAUGGUGGUCCGCCACGGCUUCAUGCUCGUGGGGGAGCCCUUCAGCGGCAAGACCUGCGCGCUGCACGCGCUCGCCGAGGCCCUCGGCAUGAUGGCCGAGCAGCCGGGCUGCGAGGAGGUCGGCGUCGACUACUUCACGCUCAACCCCAAGUCCAUCACGCUGGGGCAGCUCUACGGCCAGUUCGACCCCGUCUCCUACGAGUGGUCCGACGGCGUGGUGGCGCUCGCCUUCCGCCAGUUCGCCAUGGCGCAGGACGGAAGGCGGAAGUGGCUCAUCUUCGACGGCCCCGUGGACGCGGUGUGGAUCGAGAACAUGAACACGGUGCUGGACGACAACAAGAAGCUGUGCCUCACGUCCGGGGAGGUCAUCACCAUGUCGCCCACCAUGUCCAUGAUCUUCGAGGUCAUGGACCUGCUGCAGGCGUCGCCCGCCACCGUGUCCCGGUGUGGCAUGAUCUACCAGGAGCCCAGCGCUCUGGGCUGGCGACCGCUCGCCGACUCGUGGCUCCGAGCACCCCCGCAGGUAACGACUGGCUCGCCCCGGGAGCUGCCCGUCCUCACAGACAACAACAGUCUCAUCAGCGACCUGCUCGACUGGCUGGUGCCCGCGUGCACGCACUUCCUGCGCCGCCAGUGCAGCCAGGUGCUGGACGCGGGCGUGUCCAACACGGUCCGCGGCGUCCUGCAGCUGGCCGAGAUGCUGCUGGACGAGGCGACGCAGUCAUGGGACGACUUCGAGAAGUACGUCGCCAACUGGACGCACGCCACCUUCCUGUACGCCGGCGUGUGGGGCUUCGGCGGCGCGCUGGACCAGGCGUCACAGGAGAAGUUUGACGAGUUCUACAAGGAGCUCUGGCGCGGCAACAACGAGGCCUACCCCGUGCCGGAGAGCGUCGGCCCCGUGGAGCUGUCCAUCCCGAACGAGGGCCUGCUGUACGACUACGUGUUCGUGUACCGGCAGAAGGGCGCGUGGAAGCACUGGCCCGAGCUGCUGCGCUCCGUCAAGAUGACCGAGACCAUCAACAUCCAGCAGAUGGUCGUGCCGACCGUCGAGUCCGUCAAGUACGUGCACCUGCUCGAGAUGCACGUGCGGCACGGGGUGCCGUUCCUGCUGGUGGGGCCGACGGGCACGGGCAAGAGCUUCUACAUCCAGGACCUGCUCAUGAACAAGCUGGACCAGGAGCAGUACCUGCCCGCCUUCCUCACCUUCACCGUGCAGACGUCCGCCAACCAGACCCAGGACCUGGUGCUGUCCAAGCUGCACAAGCGGCGGCGCGGCCAGUACGGCGCGCCGCCCGGCAAGAAGUGCGUCAUCUUCGUGGACGAUAUGAACAUGCCGCAGAAGGAGGUGUACGGCGCGCAGCCGGCCAUCGAGCUGCUGCGCCAGUACUUCGACCACGGCAACUGGUUCGACCUCAAGGACUGCUCCAAACUCCUCCUCGACGGCAUCCUGCUGGUGACGGCGUGCGGCCCGCCCGGGGGCAGCCGUCAGGACGUGUACCGCCGCUUCCUGCGUCACUUCAAGCUGUACUCCAUCAACUCGUUCAGCGAGGACAGCGUGACCAAGAUCUUCACCAACGUCCUGCAGGUGGGGCUGCGUCGCACCGGCUUCGGGCAGGACGCGGCGCAGUCCAUCCAGUGCGUGGUGGCGGCCACGCUCGAGGUGUACCUGGCGGCGAUGCGCGAGCUGAGGCCCACGCCCGCCAAGUCGCACUACGUGUUCAACCUGCGCGACGUGGCCCGCGUGGUGCAGGGCUGCUCGCUCGCCCGCAAGGAGUCCGUGGACAGCAAGCGCUUCUUCGUCAACCUGUGGACGCACGAGGUCCUGCGCGUGUUCUACGACCGACUGGUGGACGACGCUGACCGCGACUGGCUGUUCGCACUCAUCCGGCACUGCGUGCAGAGCCACUUCAAGGAGAGCCUCGACGUCUGCCUGGAGAACCAGUGCGACGAGCAGGGCGUCGUCACCCGGGAGGCGCUCGACACCCUCAUCUUCGGCAACUUCAUGGACCCGGACGCGGCCGAGGACGACCGGAAGUACGAGGAGAUUGCGCGCAUCCAGGACUUCAAGAGCCUGGCCGAGGCAGUCAUGGACGAGUUCAACUCGUCGCACAAGACCAAGAUCGACGUGGUGCUGUUCAAGUACGCCCUGGUGCACCUGGCGCGCGUGUGCCGGGUGAUCGCCUGCCCGGGUGGCUCGGGGCUGCUCGUGGGCGUCGGCGGCUCGGGUCGCCAGUCGCUCACCAGGCUGGGCAACGCCAUCAUGGGCAGCACCCUCUUCCAGCCGGAGAUCACCAAGAACUACGGCGUCAACGACUGGAGGGACGAUUUGAAACAGGUCCUCAAGGAGUCGGGCGGCCGCGGCAAGGACACCGUGUUCCUCUUCAACGAGACGCAGAUCAAGGAGGAGGUGUUCCUGCAGGACAUCGACUCGCUGCUGAACUCGGGAGAGGUGCCCAACAUCUUCGCCGUGGACGAGAAGCAGGAGAUCCUGGAGCUGGUGCGCCUCGCCGCGCAGGGGGGCAACCGCAACAUGGAUGUCAGCCCUCUCCAGGUGUUCGCCUUCUUCAUCAACCGCUGCAAACAGAAGCUGCACAUGAUGCUGUGCUUCAGCCCCAUCGGGCCGUCCUUCCGCUCCCGGCUCCGACUCUACCCCUCGCUGGUCAACUGCUGCACCAUCGACUGGUACGAGAUGUGGCCCGAGGACGCCCUCGGCAUGGUGGCGACCCGCUACCUGUCCGACGUGGCCCUGGACGCCAACGUGCGCACCAACGCCGUGCAGGCCUGCAAGUACUUCCACGCCACGUCCAAGGUGGCCGCGGACCGGUUCCACGCCGCCACGGGCCGCAAGACGUACAUCACGUCGUCGGCGUUCCUCGAGCUCAUCAAGUCGUUCGCGCGCCUCACCGUGGCCAAGCAGGAGGAGAUCAUGGACGCCAAGAACCGCUAUAUGGGCGGUCUGGACAAGCUCGACUUUGCCGCCGCGCAGGUGGCGCAGAUGCAGACGGAGCUGACCAACCUGCAGCCGCGGCUGGCGCAGGCGGUGCGCGAGUCGUCCAAGAUGCUGUCCAUUAUCGAGCAGGAGACGAUCAAGGUGGAGCAGGCCACGGACCUGGUGCGGGAGGACGAGAAGGUGGCCAACGCGCAGGCCGAGGCGUCGCAAGCACUCAAGUCCGAGUGCGAGGCGGAUCUGGCGCUCGCCAUCCCCAUCCUCGAGGAGGCCAUCAACGCCCUGAACACGCUCAAACCCCAGGACAUCACGCUCGUGAAGUCGAUGAAGAACCCACCUGACGCCGUCAAAAUGGUGAUGGCGGCCGUGUGCAUCAUGAGGGACAUUGCGCCUGAUCGCGUGCCGGACCCGGCCUCCGGCAGGAAGAUCCUGGACUACUGGGGCCCCAGCCUCAAGCUCCUGGGGGACAUCAACUUCCUGCAGACGCUCAAGGACUACGACAAGGACAACAUCCCGCCCGCGCUCAUGGCCAAGAUACGCAAGGAGUACCUGCCCAACAAGGACUUCAAGCCGAGCAUCGUGGCCAAGGCGUCGAGCGCGGCCGAGGGCCUCUGCAAGUGGAUCAUCGCCAUGGACAUGUACGACGUCGUCGCCAAGGAGGUGGCGCCCAAGAAGGCCAAGCUGGAGAUCGCCGAGAAGGAGUACGCCGCCACCAUGGCCCUCCUGGACGAGAAGCGAGGCCAGGUGCGCGCGCUGGAGGACAAGCUGGCGCAGCUGACGGAGCAGCUCAACGAGGCCAACGAGCGCAAGCAGGCCCUCCAGGACGACGUGGCGCUGUGCGAGAGCAAGCUGGAGCGCGCCAACAAGCUCAUCAACGGCCUGGGCGGCGAGAAGGCGCGCUGGUCGCAGGCGGCCAAGACCCUGCAGACGAGCUACGACUGCCUGGCCGGCGACAUCCUCGUGUCGUGCGGGGUCAUCGCCUACCUCUGCACCUUCACGACGCCCUUCCGCGUCGAGGCCGUGGCCAAGUGGCGCGACUACGUGAUCCAGCUCAAGAUCCCCUCCUCGGCUGAAUUCAGUUUUGUCAAGGUGCUGGGAUCCGAGAUCAAGACGCAGGGCUGGAACAUCCACGGCCUGCCCAGGGACGCCUUCUCCAUCGAGAACGCCAUCAUCGUAGACUGCUCCAAGCGGUGGUCGCUUAUGGUUGACCCACAGGGCCAGGCCAACAAGUGGAUAAAGGGCAUGGAGAAGGCCAACGACCUCCAGGUCGCCAAGUUCAGUGACCCCGACUACAUGAAGACGGUCGAGUCCUGCGUGUCGACGGGCAGGCCGCUGCUGCUGGAGAACGUGCUGGAGGAGCUGGAGGCGCCCCUGGACCCGGUGCUCUUCCGCAUGACGUUCUCGCAGGGCGGCACCACGUUCAUCAGCCUCGGCGACAACAUCGUGGAGUACCACCCGGCCUUCAAGCUCUACAUGACGUCGCGGCUGCGCAACCCGCACUACCUGCCGGACGUCUUCAACAAAGUCACCAUCGUCAACUUCGCGCUGACGGUGGAGGGGCUGGAGGACCAGCUCCUGGGCACCGUGGUGGCCAAGGAGCGGCCCGACCUGGAGGACAAGCGCCAGAGUCUGAUCGUGCAGAGCGCCGCCAACAAGAAGGCCCUCAGCGACGUGGAGGAGAUGAUCCUCAAGACGCUGUCGCAGUCCAAGGGCAACAUCCUGGAGGACGAGACGGCCAUCCGCGUCCUGGACGAGUCCAAGCUGCUCUCGGAGGACAUCACCCGCAAGCAAGAGGCCACCCGGGAGACGGAGGAGAAGAUCGAGAGCUUCCGCUACAACUACCAGUCCAUCGCGAAACACUCGGCCUCGCUGUACUACUGCGUCACGGACCUGCCCAACAUCGACCCCAUGUACCAGUACUCGCUCGCCUGGUUCAUCAACAUCUACGUCACGUCCAUCGAGACAGCCAACAAGUCCAGGGACCUGGAGCGCCGCCUCGCCUUCCUCACGGACACCUUCACGUACAACUUGUACUGCAACGUGUGCCGCUCCCUCUUCGAGAAGGACAAGCUGCUGUUCUCCUUCAUCCUGUGCACCACCAUCAUGAUGGCGCGACGCUCGCUCACCAAGCACGAGCUCAACUUCUUCCUCACGGGGGGAGUGGGCCUCGAGAACCCCACGCCGAACCCGGGCAAACCUUGGCUGCCGGACAAGGCCUGGGACGAGGUUUGCCGCGUGGACGAGGUGCCCGGGUUCGGCGGUUUUCGACAGGCGUUCGUGUCCGGCCUGGGCGAGUGGAAGAAGUACUACGACCUGGCAGAGCCUCAAAGCACGGACCCGCCGCGAGCGUGGACGGGCGGCAAGGACCCCAGCCUGUUCCAGAGACUCAUCUGCCUCCGGAUGGUGCGGCCCGACAAGGUGACACACGCCGUGAGCGCGCUGGUGCAGAGUCACCUGGACAAGCGGUACGUGUCGCCGCCGCCCUUCGACAUCGCCCGCUCGUACGAGGACUCCAACUGCCUGGCGCCGCUCAUCUUCAUCCUGUCCCCGGGCGCCGACCCCAUGGCCGCGCUGCUCAAGUUCACCACCAAGCUGGGCGUCGGCAACAAGUUCGCGUCCAUCUCGCUGGGCCAGGGCCAGGGGCCCAUCGCGGCGGCCAUGAUCAAGGAGGCGCAGGCCACCGGGGGCUGGGUGUGCCUCCAGAACUGCCACGUGGCCGAGUCCUUCAUGACGCCCCUGGAGAAGAUCUGGGAGGGCCUGGACACCAACAACACGGCCCUCGGCUUCCGCCUCUGGCUCACGAGCUACCCGUCGGCGGCCUUCCCCGCCGCCCUGCUGCAGAACGGCGUCAAGAUGACCAACGAGCCGCCCACCGGCCUGCAGCAGAACCUGCUCCGCGCCUACCUCUCCGAGCCCGUCAGGGACCCGGAGUUCUUCGAAGGCUGCCCGGGCAAGGACAGAGUGUUUGUCAAACUCCUGUACGGCAUCUGCUUCUUCCACGCCGUGAUCCAGGAGCGACGUAAGUUCGGACCCAUCGGCUGGAACAUCCCGUACGGCUUCAACGAGUCCGACUUUGCCAUCUCCGUCCGCCAGCUGCAGAUGUUCAUCAACGAGUACGAGCAGGUGCCGUACCAGGCCAUCUCCUACCUGACGGGCGAGUGCAACUACGGCGGCCGAGUCACGGACGACUGGGACCGCCGCUCGCUGGUCGUCAUCCUGGCCAACUUCAUCAACGACGGCGUCGUGCUGGACGCCAACUACGUGUUCUGCCCCGGGGGCGCGCAGUACGGGCUCCCGCGCAAGAACGACUACCGCGAGUACCUGCGGCACGUGGAGGCGCUGCCGACGCUGCCGCCACCCGAGGUCUACGGGCUGCACGCCAACGCGGGCAUGACCAAGGACCUGCAGGCCACCAGGGCGCUCGUGGACGCCAUGCUCUCCGUCCAGGGCCAGGUGGCGGUCGAGGGCGGCCAGACGGAUCAGGUGCUCCUGACGAUCGCCGGCGACAUCCUGGCCAAGCUGCCGAAGGCCUUCGACCUGGAGCUGGCGGCGCAGCGGUUCCCGGUCUCAUACAAGGAGUCCAUGAACACGGUCCUCGUGCAGGAGAUGGAGCGCUUCAACCGCCUGGUGGACGUGGUGCGCCGGUCCCUGGAGGAGCUGCAGCGCGCCGUCCGCGGCCUCAUCGUCAUGUCCCCCGAGCUGGACGCCGUGGCGAGCGCGCUGCUCGUGUCGCGGGUGCCCGGCGCCUGGAGCAAGGCGUCGUACCCGAGCCUCAAGCCGCUCGCCAGCUACAUCGCGGACCUGUGCGAACGGCUGCGCAGCCUGCAGGACUGGCACGACAACGGCCGCCCGAAGGUCUUCUGGCUCUCGGGAUUCUUCUUCACGCAGGCCUUCCUGACGGGGGCUAUGCAGGACUUCGCCCGCAAAUACACGGUCCCCAUCGACCAGCUGACGUUCGACUUCCAGGUGCUCGGGGGGGACAGCGUCGCCUCCCCGCCUCAGGACGGCGUGUACUGUCACCGCCUGUUCUUGGAGGGUGCGCGCUGGGACCGCGGGGCGGGCGUGCUCGCAGAGCAGCUGCCAAAGGUACUCAGUGACAUUAUGCCCAUCAUCUGGUUCAAGCCAACUCAAAAGCAAGAACUGUCUGAAGGGAGGCGAUAUCGGUGCCCCUUGUAUAGGACUUCAGAGAGGAGAGGCGUCUUGUCAACGACAGGCCACUCAACAAACUUUGUUUUAGCACUCCUAUUGGAUACAGAGAAACCUCCAAAUCAUUGGAUACAGAGGGGGACUGCUCUAUUAUCUCAAUUAGAUGAUUAAAAGAAGAGUGCAUUCAUUCAGAGAGUUGUUUCUCUCUUUGUAAAUGACUCCUGACAAAUCCUGUCUGGUCUAACAAGCAAUGACAAUGUGAUAAAAUUAUUGGAUUGCAUAAGAAUGUUUUUUGUAAACUUAUCUAUUUCAAUUGAAUAUUUGUACAUAUAACUUUAGCAGACAUUUGUAUCAGAAAAUAAACUUUCUGCAUUGAGGAAAACUAUGUAACCAAGAGAAAACCAAAGGCUGCU